CGGUUAGCAGUUAACCGACGUUUGUGAAACUGGCCCUAAAUCGAAAAAAGCCAACUAGCAGUCCAUGAUUAUAUAGUCAAAGCUUCCACCAUGGUCGUCUGUGUAACUUGCUGGAAAACGCCCCAUUGUAUACUCCCACCACGCCACAUACGGAACAUUUUUCAUGACCACUUUCAAUCUAUGGAGAUACGUCUCCUUACUCUUACUUCAUGGUCAACACGCAGUCGCAACGAUAGUGCACGUGACGUGACGUUUUGGCGCAAAAGCACGUUCGAGUUUGAAGUAACGUCGUUAACCUUGAACAGGCGUGUUUUUCGGGGCCGGGCGUCAUCAAGAUGCAGGCGAUGCAGGCGACCGCAUCGACGGUGGCUGUGGGUGCGGACGAGGAGGAGCUGGACGAUUGCACCCCGGCGAAGUUGGUCAAGGCACUGGAGAAAAAUGGCAUCACCGCGGGCGACAUCAAAAAGCUGCAGGAUGCCGGGUUUUACACCGUCGAGUCGGUGGCCUACUCGACCAAGAAGGACCUCGUGACGAUCAAGGGUAUCAGCGAGGUGAAGGCGGAGAAGUUGCAGCAGGAGGCGUCCAAGAUGGUCAUGAUGGGUUUUAAGAGCGCGACGGAGAUACAUCAGACUCGGGCGAAUAUCGUCUACAUCACCACCGGCUCCAAAGAGCUGGACAAGCUGUUGGGCGGAGGAGUAGAGACUGGCUCCAUCACGGAGAUCUUUGGUGAGUUUAGAUCCGGAAAGUCCCAGCUCUGCCACACUCUUGCUGUCAACUGUCAGUUACCGAUCAGCAUGGGUGGCGCCGAGGGCAAGUGCCUCUACAUAGACACGGAGAAUACUUUCCGACCGGAAAGAUUGAUAGCGGUGGCCGAGCGGUACAAGAUCAAUGGACAGUCCAUCCUCGACAACGUUGCCUGUGCAAGGGCCUACAACAGCGAUCAUCAGUCUCAGUUGUUGCUUCUAGCCAGUGCUAUGAUGACAGAGUCGAGAUACGCCCUGCUGGUGGUUGACAGCGCGACCGGUUUGUACAGGACUGAUUACAGUGGCAGGGGCGAGUUGGCAGCCAGGCAAAAUCACCUCGCGAGAUUCCUUAGAAUGCUGCUGCGACUGGCGGACGAACAUGGGAUCGCCGUUGUUAUAACGAAUCAAGUGGUCGCGCAGGUCGACGGCGCCGCUAGUAUGUUCGGUGGCGAUCAGAAAAAGCCGAUCGGCGGCCACAUUCUGGCACAUUCGAGCACAACGAGAUUGUACUUGCGUAAGGGCAGGGGAGAAACUAGGAUAUGUAAGAUAUACGACUCGCCAUGUUUACCAGAGAGUGAGGCGACAUUUGCCAUAAACCCGGACGGUAUAGGCGACGUGAAGGAAUAAAGUUAAGCCGAAGGGUCAGAGUAAGUGUAAAAAGAACACGGUUGUUGCAUCGGGUGGAUGUUAAAACAAAAACGACAAAUGUGUUUUCCGCACUGGAUAACAACUUUUGUUAAGGCAAAGCUAAAGAGACAGAUGUCACGCGCGUUAAACAUUACUGUUAAUUUUGAUAAUAGUUAAAAUAGUUGAAGAGGAAUCAGAGAAAGGGACGAUCAUUAAUUCUGUUCGCGAUCGAAGUUGAUUGCUAAGUUAAUUCACAAGUAGAUUGUAGGUGUCUAAUAUUUCUUAACGUUCCUCUCGAUGUAUCUUGGAGGAUUUUAUAUCAUACUGUAUUUCAAAGCUUUAUUAAAUAUAAGGUAUAAUAAAUGAUUUUUUUAAAUAUGUUUAACUGUUUAAGACGGAAGUAACGUUUACUAACACCAAAUCGCUGUAUUUAAAAGUUAGAAAAUAAAAAAAUGAAUUUAAAAGACUCAA